CUUCGACAUUCGACCAUUUCGACAACCAACCCAUCAGGCCUUUAGGCGAUAUCUUUUCAGUCGGUACGUACAGGUCGUUAUUGUUGUUGUCGCGGUCGUGGGUUUGCCAGUUUUUGAGCUCGAAUUUGGAUAUGCCAAAAUGGCUGGAUUUCGAAAUGUCAUGGGGCAAAACCCACACCACGACAAACGCUGCCCUCUCUCCCCGGAGAUCUCUAUCAACAUACGAGCCACCAGACAAAAUUCUAACAGUUCUCGAUUCUCACAGUUGACCGUCCGUUCGAACAUAAUACGCCAAGAUGGGUAAGGGCCAGCCUAGAGGACUCAACGCCGCGCGCAAGCUCGCGACCACCCGCCGUGACAACCGCUGGGCCGACUUGCACUACAAGAAGCGCCUUCUCGGAACCGCCUACAAGUCGUCGCCCUUCGGUGGUGCCUCCCACGCCAAGGGUAUCGUCCUUGAAAAGGUCGGUGUUGAGGCCAAGCAGCCCAACUCCGCCAUUCGGAAGUGUGUCAAGGUCCAGUUGAUCAAGAACGGCAAGAAGGUCACCGCUUUCGUUCCCAACGACGGUUGCCUUAACUUCAUCGAUGAGAACGACGAGGUCCUCCUUGCCGGUUUCGGUCGUAAGGGUAAGGCCAAGGGUGAUAUUCCCGGUGUUCGUUUCAAGGUCGUCAAGGUCUCUGGUGUCGGUCUGCUCGCUCUCUGGAAGGAGAAGAAGGAGAAGCCCCGUUCGUAAGGAAUUUGGGUGUGGAUGCGACGGGAAAACGAGGGGCCCAUGCUAUGGAAAAAGGAAUCGGAGCAAUGAAUUAAGUCAUGAGAUCUGUCCGAUCUAUGGUCUGGAAAUUAUAAUGGUUCAGGACGAAUGACACUGCAGAACUAUUGUGCAGCUACUACGAUUGAUACUCAUAAAAAGAUGGCGCCAUGAUUGUUUUUUUCUUUGGGAAAGGGGCCCUGAAUUAACAUUUCUUUUUCUUUUCAAUCGUGCACCGGUGUCGGUCCUAGACUUGGUAGUUGUAAGACCUGGGAUC